UCCGAGCACAGCAUGCACCAGGCUGAAAGUGUUGCUGCCUUGAGAGAUUUUCACUGGUGUUUACGUGUCAAACCCACAUGCUACAGUGCUGCGGACCAUGGCCUCUACCCUGCAGAAGUUCAUUCAUUCUCUGGACCUCAAAGCCCUUCCCAGGGUCCUCCAAAUCCAGUCAGGCAUCUAUUGUCAAGACUCCGUCUAUGAGAUGUUUGGAAGUGAAUUUUCCCUCUCAACAGAAGAUGUCAUUAAAGUUAUUGGCUUCAAAAUUAAUAAACUCAUAGCAAGUAUCUGUGGGAAUAAUGAAGUCAGCCAGUUUUCAGCCAAAGUGGAAUUACCACUAAAUUUUCCUGGUCUGUAUAAGGUUGUGGCAGAUAAGACUCCAUAUGCCAGCAUUGAAGAAAUUGCCAGAAAAGUCUCUAUUGGGACAACAAGGUUUGGCCAUCCUUCUUUCUACAGCACUGAGGAUAUAAAAUUGGAAAAUUUCACUAUCAAACAUGAUGAGCAGAUCACCUUCAACUCAGUGGGAGAGGUCCAUGGAAUGAUGGCUGUGAACUGUGUCGUGGUCAGAAAUAACCAUUCUCAUUCCUUUACUUUGCCCUUUUCACAAGAAGGAGAAUUCUAUGAGUGUGAAGAUGACCAGAUGUACACCCUAAAAGAGAUUGCAGAAUGGAAAAUGCCUAAGGGUAGAAACCGGAUUGUUAAACUUUCCAAUACUUUACAUACGUGGGACUCCUCUAGUCCACUUCCUGAGAAUUUUGAUGGCUGUUUGAUUCUCAUGCCUGUCUAUGAAGUGCAGGCAGUAAUGAAAUUUCGAAAGGACAUAAUUCAUAUUCUCUCAGAUCUGGAUGUUGAGGUCAAGGAUGUAACAGACCACUAUGAUAUUAGCUCUUUCCUUCAGCCACUUUCUUUGGAAGAUAUAUUUGAGAGAACAAGCAAAGAAUUUCCUAUGGUUGCUGAGAUAAUGGAAGGGCCUUCAGGAAACCAAAAACCUUAUAACUUAUUGUCUACAGGGAAAGAAAUUGUCAUCUACAAAAAGUACCAGGCAGCAAGAGUCCUAGCCUCUGAGAUGAGAAGUGAUUCCUCCAAAGGGCAUUAUUUAAUCCCUAUGAGCUACAAAGGGAAGUUCAAGAGAAGACCUCGGGAAUUUCCAACUGCCUAUGACUUAGGGAUAGUGAGAAAUGAAAAAGAACAUCUUCAUGUUGUAGCAACUAAAGCCUUUACUUCCCCUCAUAAAGAGCUUUUUUCUGUUUCAGUUGGAGAUCAAUUUCUAGUUCAACAAUGUCAGACUAGUGAAGUUCUGUAUGAGGGAAGAAAGAAACUCAUAGAUGUUUUAGCUUGUGAGCAAAUACUAAGUGAUUCAUAUAAAAAAGUGCUCCUCCCUAUGUACAUGGAAGGUGGCUUUGUGGAAGUGAUUCACGACAAGAAACAGUACCACCUCUCUGAGAUUUGCAAAGAAUUCCAUUUGCCUUUUAAUGUCAAAGUGUCUGUGAGGGACCUUUCCAUCGAGAAAGAUGUCUUGGCUGCCGCGCCUGGGCUGCAGUUUGAAGAAGAAAUCACAGACUCUUAUUUACUGAUCAGUAGUGCCAGCAGUCCGGUGGAGAGCUGGGAGAUCCCCGUGUAUCGCUUAAACAUGUUGGUCCAUUUGCUCAGCAAAGGUGUCCAGACAGUUGCACCGCCUGUGACUAGGACAACAGUGGAAGAGGUCAGUGAAGAGGAAUACUAUAUGUUGAGAAGAUAUGAAAACCUAACCCUUCGUCCACCACCCAGGCCUCCCAAAAAGCCAACAACAGCACCACCACCUACUUUAGCAGUGCCAAAGCAAGGUGCGUCUGAUGUACUACAGGCUCCAAAGAAUUUCUACGUAGACACCACCAAGAAAUUGUGUUCAGAUCGAGAUCCUGCUGUUUUGGAAUUGCAAGUUAGUUGUCAAAAUGAUUUGGUGCAUUGCGAGAAUGAGGACAUGACUGGGAAAGCUACACUAGUGGAAACCACUGUGACUAAAGGCCUAGCAAGAAACUAUGAGGAAGAAGAGGAAGAGGAAGAGGAAGAAGAGCAUGACUACAGCUAUAUUGAUGAAAACAUAAUUGAAAACAUAAGAAAAGCAUUUCAUGGCACCAGCAUUAGAAAUGAGCAUACACUCUCCAAAGGAAGAAGAGACAUCUGAAGGAAAAUAAUUCUGAAAUUAACUGGAUACAAGUAGGAAGCUGUGUCCUUGGCACUUCAAGAUUGACCACAACUGUAAGAAAAAGCUGCUCAUGAAAGUGUCCUUCUUGACUCAUGGAGAGCAUACAAGGCUGUAAUUUAGCUAUAAUAAUAGUCCCCUGUGAAACUAAACUGCUUACUUGUCCUAAAUAAGAAGUCAAACCAGCUAAUGUCUCAUGACCCUUUGAAGGGACAAAGCUCUUCUGUACAUAUUUAUUAGGGAAUUCAGAGAACGAUGCCAAGUCCAAUCCUUCAUUCUUAUUGCGCCUGAAAUUCCAGUUAUUUCCUGAACCUCUAUAGGGCAUAUGCAAAAGGAACAUCCCUUACUGAAACUGCCUGGUUGCUUCCUUUGGGUUCUGGUUUUGGGUUUUUUUUUUUGAGAAGGAAAGGGUAAUAAAGGAUUGCCUAAGGUGGACAUUCAUUUCUUUAGCCAGUCUUACAUGCUUCGGGUUAAGGCUCAAAACUGGAAAUGACCAGAUUUUGCCACUUUUUCACAUGAUGAACAAAGCACAGUUAGUACCAUUGCACAACAUGUAAUCUGCCCUGGAAAGCAAAGCCACUCCUCUCACAAGGCCUGGGAGUGCCUAAAUUAUGUAGCAUUGCCAUCUCCACAACCCCUUGUACUGCUAGUAUCCAGAAUCACACUAAAGUUAUUAUAUUCAGCAAUUUGCUGAAAAUGCAUCCGCAAAUGGUAGACAGAAGCUGGAUCUGAAGAAUUAGUGUCCAUGCCAUCCCUAUCCACCUAAGAUAGGUCCAUAAACCUCUGGUAGUGAUUUGACUUUCAGGGAAAGCUAUCAAGAACUGAUAUGUAAAUACACAGUUGAUGUGCCAGGGAUUUCCAGAGUCAACAGCAGCUUGAUCAAAGUGGCUUCUCCAGAAAUCAGCAGGGUGGAGAAAGGGAAUGUGUUUAGAAAGCCUGGACACACCCUAUUUUUAGUUCUAUUGAGAAGUUAAAAAGCAAAAACUCCAAAAAUGCCUCAGAAUACUUUAAAGCAAAAGUCUUUUCAAGCAGACAGUAAAGUGUCUUCAGACUUGUCUAUUAAAAUUCUACUGAAUGAUUAAUUUUCACUAAUGCAAAUUAAUUUAGGAUUUCUUAAUAUUGUCUCACAUUAAUUUAUUCAAUAUAAAUGUUCAUCCUCGUUAAAAUCAGUUUCAAUUUUAAAAUGUUGCUUAGAGUACUUUGAUUCCAUGCAUAUGUAGCAUACAAUGUUUUGCAUAUCACUGGUUAAUAUGGCUUGCAGGUGUGUACAAAAGUGUCUGUCACAUCACUUGUAGGUAUUUUAAGUACAUAUUAAGCAUUUAAAAAAUCUAUAUGUCUCUUUUGGCAGCUCAAAACCGUCCCAUUUGUUUUGGCAGCCUGAUAUUUGAAUAAAAUAAUUUUUUUUGUAUUCUACUGACUUUUUUCUCCUUUUUUUUUACUCUAUUGCUGAAUGUGAUGUCAUCUGCUGGAUUUCUGAAAGGUAUGAUAUGUUACUACCAUGAUUUACUUCAGUAAAGUACCAGGUUUCUAUAGAAGAAAGGAGGAGAGGAAAUCCAACAGCCUUCUGGACUGCAGUGGCAGGAUGUGCCAGCCGGUAGAGGGACUUGCAACUCUUCUCUCUGCUCAGCACUGGUGAGGCCACAUCUGGACUACUGUGUCAGUUCUGGGCAGCCUGGUGCAAGAAAGAUGCAGACAUACUGCAGUGAGUCCUACAAAAACCCAUGAGGAUGGUUGAGGACAUGGAGAGUCUAACAUACAAGGAGAGGCUGAGAUAGCCUAGAAGAAACAAGGUGUCCUCUGGUUGCUGUGAGUGUUAGGAUGGAUGUGAACAAAGUGGGAUGCAGUAACUUUCCCAACAAACCUAAGAUUCUUUCAUAUAUCCUACAUUGGCAUUUGGGAUCUAGUGAAAAACCCAAAGGCUUAUCAGCCCUUUCUGGAAAUUCUUCCCUUCAAAAUGCUUCCAAAGAAGCGAGUUCUCUUCUUUGCAUAGAUCCUCUCACGUAAGGAGCCUGGUUCUGUCACCCUUGUCAUGGGAUGCAAUUCUGUCUUGUAUAUUCAGCCUCACUGAGUUGAAUGAGUUUCAUUCUUCUAAGUAAAGAUGGCAGUUUAAUGAACUCUGUAAAUAUAUGGGCAGCAGAGAUGUCUCCCACAUCUUUUCCUCAGGCACGUGAGCCAACAGCCUGUCCUAUGACAGAAAUGGGAACUAUCCUGGCUGUUCAGUUUACCUGACACAGCAGGACAAUGCCACUUGCAUUCAGUUCUGGAUGAAAGACAAAACAUGGUGCUCUCUUGUGCUGUGAAGAAAGGACAUCCAAUCUUGCUGGGGAAAGUAGAGGGGAGGAAGGAGACAUGAGGAAAGAUCCUAAUAAAAGGUUUGUGUUCAAUAUUAAAGACUUAAUAAGUAUUGUGGUUCCCUUACAGCAUACAGAUGACCACAGUGAUUUCAUACUGUUUGCUCAUACAUGUUUGACAAAGCUAUAAUGUCAUGGCAAUCCUUGAGGGACGUGGUUAUCACUCCCAGACAUUAAUGCUCAAGAAGACUGCAUUCAGGAAGGGAAAGCCAUUUUUAGCUGAACACAGACCACAAUUGCUAUGCCUGAAGAGAAUACAAGUGUAUUUAAAUAAUAAGAUAUUUGCUUUGCAAAAGAUUGGCAUAAGCUUUUGCGCAGACUUGUUAGCUUAAAGGCUUAUCUCUUUUAAUGCUAAGAAGUAUUUCCAGUGAGUUCUCACUGAGGACCUGAUCAGAAGCAGCUGUUUUCACAGCACUCCACGUGUGCAUAAGCCCUUAGUGAGACAGAAUUUUCUGUUUGGAUGAUCAACAUGCACAUUUGUAUAUAUAUAUCCAGCCUUUGUGCCUAGGAAGAUAAGAAGAAUCGACUCCCUGAAUUCUUCUUUAAACUCCAAAACUCUUUUGUUUAAAUGACACAUCACAGGAACACUUAUCUACCACAAUGCUCCCAAUAAGAAGCCACUGUUUAUUCACUUAACACAUAUGAUAUCUUUCCUACCCCUUCUAUGACUGUCCAGGUGUUUUCCUUACAUUUUUAGACUUUGAUGCAGCUUUACCAUGUACAUUUUCAACUUCCUGACACCAUGUUAAAACUGAUAGUCUCUGAAGAGAAGGUUCUCUUGCUUCUACUUCAUGUAUUAGUGGCAGGUUUUGCUGGACUUUUUUGUUCUUUAGUUUUCCUCCUUUGUUUUCUUAGUGUAUCUGUGUGCUGGGAGUGUUCUUGUGCUUUGCAAUAAUAAAUCUCUUUGAUAAACUUACUCUGUAUCUUUUCUUAGGUUUUUGUAUUUUCUGAGAUAACCUUUCACAACUCUUUUUCUCUGGGACUGAUAAACUGUGUGGGCUUGAUGUAAGGGCAGACUGCCAGCUGCUGGCAGGCCAAGCAGAAGGAGACCUCACCCUGCAUUUGCCUUGCCUUUGCUGCUCUUGUCCCAGUCCACUGCUGCCAGCUCUGUCCAGAGUGGGGGUACCAGGAUGGAUAGCUCAGUCUGACCCUUUUAAUUUUCUCAUGUAACUUUAAAUUCCUCAUAUUUGUUAACAUUUGGGCAUAUGUGGGAACAUUUGCAUGGUGUGUCAAGGGGCUGAUUUCACCAUGAUCUAAGAAAUGAUGGUACAUCCAUGUUUCUUAUCCCCUUGUCCUCUGUGACAUUGUCCCUGCCAGCAGUGCUGGCAACCAGAGGCUCAGGCCAGCCUCAGAAAUCAGUACCUCUUCCCAGGGCAGACUCAGAUGUUAUGAUCUUCCUUUCUUGCAAAUACUCUACCCUUCUGUAAUUCCUCUGGCUCUCGUGAUGCAGAGGAAGGAUCUGAGUGGGGCUCAGGAUUGUCCCACAUGGGGCACUGAGCUACUUUGUCAGCAAUAAGACUCUUUUCCUUUUUUCCUCUUAUUUCAGUUGCCUGCUCUCUUAGGUUCAGUGAUCACAUCUGUUAGUAUUUUGGGACCUAAUGACACACAAAAGGAGAGGUAGAAAGAGCCUUUCAUUCUGAAAUUACAUUUCUACACCAGAAGCCUGGUUUAUACUGCCACUGUCUGUCCACCAUACCUGCUGCAGCCCUUUCCUGCAAACACACACUCAAACAGUUCAUGCAAAUUUUCCCACAGCUAACAGUUUGUAGGAGGAAGUGAGAGACAUUAAGGAUUUUAUUGCUCUUUCUGUCCUGGAGAGUUUGAUUACACAUUAAUCAGUUAAAAACCAUUUUUACAUUACCAUGUUUUUUCUACCCAUGUUUAAGUAGGUAUAAAUAUCUUCUUACAAAUGUUUACAUUAUUCUGCCUCCAUUCCUCAUCCUCUGAACCCCAUUUUGAGCCACUGUUAAUGCUUCCCAACCGAGCAGCCCUUUCCAGCUGGUGCAGUUAGGCAGGUCUGCAGCCCCAGGCUCCCCCACGCCCUCCAAGGAUCCUUGACAGCCCCUGCCUGCGGCAGUUUGUGCCAUGCACAUUGUUCUCAAAAUACCUCAUGGCCCUUAUGUCUCAUUGUAAAAAAAGAGAAUUAAAUCCAUAAUAAACUUAGACUCAGAUCUACAAGCAUAUUCAUAUUUUUAAAUUAUAUCAAAACCAGAGAGGAAACGUGCUCCUCCUGAGGUCACUGAGGUUAAGGUGAUGGAAAUGUUAUAACAGGUCUCCAUCAUCUUGAAUCUCACUGCCUUUGGUAGCAGGAACUGAAAGUCCACAGCCUCAAUUACCCUGCUGAGAGGGGCAGAUAAAAUGCCUUGGUCAGAGAAAGUAACUGAACAAUUUGGGUUUGAGAAAUGCAGAGGGUUUUUAAUGCUGAGCACAACAGUUAGAAUACUUCCAUUAGGUUAGUUUUGUUUCUAUCUGUCAGAGUCCAAAUCUGCAUCUUCUGCUUCCCUGCAAAACCUCCUAUCUGCCCCAUUAGAGGCUGCCUUGGGCAAGAAUGCUUUUCCCUCCACACUUGCCAGGUGUGAUUUUCCCACCAGAAAAAAAAAGCACUUUAUUAUUCUUCAGGGAGCGUAGGCUGGAAAGGAACGCCCAAUUCUCCACAGAUUAGGAUCGUAGGGAAGGGAAAACCUGGAAGUCCAAUUCCUACUUGAAAGAAAAAAGAGUUUUUUGGCAUCUUUGCUAAUGACUGCCUUGGGUGUUUGCCCCGUAAGCUCCAUGUCUCGAUGCCUAAGAAAGCUAAAGAAGUGCCUGCUGACACCUGUCUGCAGUUCUGUGAAUACACAGGUACCUUUCUUAGAGAAGGACAAAGUUGCCAUUCCCCUUAUGGAAGAACAGGUGGAGAGGUUAGCCCUAACAUAUUUCUGUGAUGUAAGUUUAGGACAGCAUUUGGUAAGGUACAGCAGUUGUAUGCCCAGUUGCAAAUAUAUAGGCAAGGACAAGAAUCUCACUUCUGACCAUCCCUCAGAAACUGAUCAUUCCUGUAGCAAAGGCACUGAAAACUGCACAGUGCUCAGAAACAAGGACCUGGCCUGACUAAAAUGAGGUGUGGAGAGGGGACUGCAGAGUAUUCAGCACUAUUGCCCAAGUUUUGAGGAUGGACAGGCUCUUUUCUGGUGUGUUUAUAUUUCCCCAAGUUCUUCCUUUAUCAUGUACCACAUUUCAUUUCUAAACUUCCCUUCCUCAUGCCCGAACGUUGUUUGUUCCAAUCCCCUUAGUCUUGCUAUUUGCAAGCGUGUACAGAAGUUUAACCCUCUGUCUUUCCAAAGCCAGCUGUGGCUUUGCAUAUUUUAAACACCACCUCUGUCAAAUAGGAAGCAGCCCUACUUAAUGCCAGCCAUUCCUCAUUAGAGAGACCACACGUGUAAAAGUCAUGAGAAAAGAGCAGCAAACCCCAGGCUAAUGCUGAGCAGGAAAAACCCUUAUGCUUUGUGAGCCCUUCUGGCUGGGCAAACCCCUGCUUAGGGAGUCGUUAGCUUUUGCUAGCUCUUAUUAGCAAGCAGGCUCCUUCAGUACUCUCCUAUUCUUCUCCAAAGCCACCCUACCACACCUCUACAGCUUUCUCUUGAUGCUUUUCUCUCUGUUUAGUUUCUGAUACUCAGAAGUUUUCCUGUGAGUAUGCAUCUAUUCUAUUUCAAGAUAACUGGCUCUACUCUACCUGUAAGGAUCCCUCAUCUCAUAUUUUGUCUAAACUUUUAUACAUUCCUCAGCUUCCACACAGCAAUCACUGGCCAAUUUCUAAAGUCUUUACCCGACUGGACUGGUUAUCUUGUUGGAUUAGGACAAAGCGUAUGAAAUACAUUAAUGCUUGCUGCUGUAUUAAGAAAGAUUACUCUUUUUCAAAAUUUGGAACUAUUUCCUAAUGUUUUAUUCAGGUAAGGAGUAAUUUGCUUUUUAAGAAUGUGUUUUAAAUACUCCCUCAAGUGCAGCAGUUUGCAGUUUAAAAGUUUGUAUUAAUGGCUCUUUUUGUUUUCUCAAAGCAUACCUUCAGUUCAAUCUAAGUUAACUACAGAAAAGGUCAAAAAAUUUUUUCUAACUUUUCUGGAGCACAACUAACUUAAUAUUUAGCAGCUGACAGCUGUGGUGAUUACUUUUGGAUUAUAUCUAAAGUCUGCUGGCAUCUAAUUACUGUGAUCUAUGAACCAGGUAAUUAAGGUAAAAACUCCCACAUUUUCUUAUACCUCAUUAAUGUAUUUCCUUUGAAAAUUGUUAGCUAAUGAUGGUACAUUAAGAGUUUAUCCACUACAUGACAAUGAAUAAUUAACACCUUUGUCCUGGGACAUUAAAGGACAGAAUGGUGUUUAACUGCUCAAUGUGACGACAAUUAUUUCUUAAUUUACAGUGCAAAUAUCAUGCAAGUUUGGGGAGAAAGGACAAAUCAAACCGGGAAAAUGGAAUGGAAGGAAAUUACUGCUUUUCAUAGAAUUGCAGAAGGAUUUGGACAGGUAGGGACCUGAAAGGUCAUCUAGUUCCAAGCCCACUGCUGUAGGCAAAGACAUCGUUCACUCAUUUCCUUCUUUACCGAGAAACUUCAAGCCCGGUCUGCACGCAGGACCCCUGACUCACCUUCCCCACAACCUCUGUUUUCAAGUUAUAACUGAUUCCAAAUGUGUGGUAUCACCCCGAAGACUGGGAUCAACACUUGGGUCUGAGUGUUCCAGGCACUGGUAGUGCAAACGUUGCAAAUACAUCUCUUCCUCAGUAACCAAAUGCAACACAUGACACACUGCAACAAAUGGAUUGGACAUGGGGCAAUGGACAAGCAACCUGUGGUUAUACAGGGCACAUAAUCACAUAAUUUCAUAUAUAAAUCAAAGUUUUCUUGAAGAAUGUAAAAUGAAUCAAGCACAAGAAAUCUCUGUUGUCAUGUAAAAGCUGGCAUGGAAUAAAUUAAUUUGCUUCAGGACUACUCGGGACUGGCUCUGCUCUUCCACGUGAGGCAUGUACUUGUUGUAAAACAGCAUAGCAAGGGAAUCUAUCUGCACUCAAGGAUCUAAUCUGAAAAGCCUGAAAGCUUCCAGUUUGAUUGCAGCUGCUCUGCGAAAUAACAGCGUUGGUGGGAAACCGUCAAGGCGUUGCUUUUGGAUCAGAACUUCAAAAAAAGUUUCUCAUGAUCAUCUGUUAGAUCAUCAAGUAAUUACA